AUGGACUUCGGUCUUUAUGCAUGCGGGACUGUCAGAGUGAACAGAGUUGGCUUCCCUAAAGAUCUGAAGAAACCAAGAGAUGUGAGAAACCGAGGAGAGUCUAAGGUUCUUCAGUACGGUGACACCAACCUUACAGCCACUGUUUGGAAGGAUAAGCGAUUGGUUCAUCACCUGUCAACUCUAAGUGAUUCGAGAGACACCAGGGAUGCGCAAAGAAGAGUCGGAAGAAAAGUUCUCUGUCUUCACCAGCCACAUACAGUGUUUGCAUACAACCAGUUCAUGGGUGGUGUGGAUCUCCAUGAUCAGUUCCGGAUGAAAUACAAUGUUGGUCGAUGUUCUAAGAAGUGGUGGAGGUAUAAACUAAUACAGAGAUAA